AUGUUAAGGAUUAUACUAAUAAGAAGGGUUGAAAAGUACCGUCCUUCCAGCCUUGACGACGUUUAUGGGCAAGAGGAAAUCGUGAAGACCGUGAGAAAGUUCAUUCAUGAGGGCAGAUUACCCCAUCUUUUAUUUUAUGGACCACCAGGAACUGGUAAAACCUCCAUGAUUACUGCCCUAGCAAGAGAAAUCUAUGGGCCCAACUACAAAAGCAUGGUGUUAGAAUUGAAUGCAUCUGACGAUAGAGGUAUUGACGUCGUCAGAAAUCAAAUAAAAGAAUUCGCCUCCACGAUGCAGAUCUUCAGCCGUGGUUUCAAAUUAAUCAUAUUGGAUGAGGCGGAUGCUAUGACUUCUGCUGCUCAGAACUCGUUGAGAAGAAUCAUCGAGAGAUACACGAAGAACACACGUUUCUGUAUCUUGGCCAAUUACGCCCACAAGUUGAAUCCAGCUCUUAUCUCAAGAUGUACGCGAUUUCGCUUCCAGCCCCUCACCGAGGGUGCUGUACGGGACCAGAUCAAGAGUGUGGUUGCAAAAGAAGGGCUUGUCAUCUCGGAGAAGGCAGAACAAGCGCUCCUCAAGUUAUCCGGUGGUGAUAUGAGAAGAGCUCUCAACGUGCUUCAGGCAUGUAAGGCGGCUCUAGAUAGCCCAGAUGAUCAGAUAGACGAGAAAAUGAUAUACGAGUGUGUGGGAGCACCGGAUCCAGCAGACAUUGAGACCAUACUAGAUUCUAUCCUUAGAGAUGACUGGACUACGAGUUAUUUGACGUUUGAAAAAUUUAAGAAAACGAAGGGGUUGGCUUUGAUUGACCUCGUCCAAGCCUUCGUCGAGAUUUUGCAAGGUUACGAACUCAAGCCAUCCGCCAGAAUAGCAAUUUUGAAAGAACUUGCAGAUGUUGAGUACGGCGUUUCAAGGGCGGUAACGAGAAAAUUCAAACAAGUGCAGUCAUUGGGGUCAUCAAGGCUGCCAUGGAGAAUCAAGCUUAAAAGCGCUAUGAGGAGAACACAGCCUGGUCCUUGA